AUCAUCAACGUAGACCAAUGUGUAUAUGAGUGUGAUGCCGGCGUGGAAAACGUACAAGGAGGUAUCUGCAAGAGACGAGAGAGAGAGAGACAACCGAGUAGCAAACCCUAAUUUCCCAUGUAUAAUUAUAAUACAUGUAUAUUACCCAUUCGAUGAGACGAGAGAGAGACAACCGAGUAGCAAACCCUAAUCUCCGACAUGCCACCGAAUGUAAGAUCGGUCAUCGCGCAGGUGCAUCAAAAAUCGAGAGCGAUGGGGUCUCGCCGCAAUUUCUGUUCACAUCCAGUUGCAGAGACGAAUGGAGGCAGGGUAAAAGUUGUCGCCGCUGGCGUCUUGAAGAAGAUUGGUUUUGGUACAUCCAUUGUUCUUGGAUUUUUCAUUGGCUCUGCUUUGGAAUUCAUUGCGCUUGAACCAAUGUUGCUGAAAAGUAUGGAAGAAGAGAAACUCCGGUUAAUUCGUCAUGAGGAACUGGUAGCUAAGGCGUAUCAUGAUUUUAUGGUUGGACCCGACAAAGAAUGAAUGAAUCCUGAAGAACAGAGUUUGUAUCUUAUUUCUACUCGUUAUUCUGUGUACAACAAAUAAAAACUAUGAUUGCUGUUCACUACACAAUUGAGAUUGAACUUGUCUCUGAUUGUGAUCUCUUGUCAAUGUUAUGAAUUUCGCUUUUGAUGCUGGAUUGGUCAUUCUUUUUCUUGCAAGUACGUAUUUAUGGAUA